AGCGUCGAGCACUUUGCCUGUCACAAUUCACACAGCUGUCUGUUUGUUCUGUGCCUGUCUGCCUAUCCUCUUGUGAGGGUCGCAAAAUGCCUUACAGUUCCACCGUGUCCAGUCGAGGCCUCCAGCCCACGAAGGUUGUCAGCGCUCAGUCAGAUGGCAAGACGUUUGAGCAACUGAGGCAGGAGUGCCUGCAGAGAAAGGUGCUGUUUGAGGAUCCUGACUUCCCUGCAUGUGACUCGUCUCUGUUCUACAGCCAGAGUGUCCCCAUCAACUUUCAGUGGAAGCGACCACUGGAAAUUUGUCAAGACCCUAAAUUUAUCCUGGGUGGAGCUGAUAGAACAGAUAUCUGCCAAGGAGAGCUGGGUGACUGCUGGUUACUGGCUGCCAUUGCCUCUCUAACUCUCCAUAAGCAAACAUUGGCCAGGGUGGUGCCACAUGACCAGAGUUUUGAAGACAGAUAUGCUGGGAUUUUUCACUUCCAGUUCUGGCAGCACAACCAGUGGCUAGAUGUGGUCGUUGAUGACAAGCUGCCCACAGUCCGCAACCGCCUGGUGUUCGUCCAUUCGGCCGACAACAAUGAGUUCUGGAGCGCCCUGCUGGAGAAGGCCUAUGCCAAGCUCCAUGGCAGCUAUGAAGCCCUGAAGGGGGGCAGCACUCUGGAGGCUAUGGAAGAUUUCACUGGAGGUGUGGGGGAAACAUAUGAGACCAAGGCCGCCCCUGAUAACCUCUUCCAGAUCCUCCAGAAGGCCCAAGAACGAGGGUCCAUGCUAGGCUGCUCCAUUGACAUCACCAGCUCUGCAGAAUCAGAGGCUCGCACAUCCACAGGUCUGGUCAAGGGACACGCCUAUUCCAUAACAGGCCUGGAGGAGGUAAAUUACAGAGGGGGUAAGAUCCAGCUCAUUCGGGUGAGGAAUCCCUGGGGACAGGUGGAGUGGAAUGGGCCAUGGAGUGACAACUCUAGAGAAUGGAACAUGAUUGACAGGGCAGAGAAGAAUCGCAUUAUGCAGAAUUCCUUGGAUGAUGGAGAAUUCUGGAUGGAGUUUGGGGACUUCAAAGCUAAUUACGACAGAAUCGAGAUCUGCAACCUGACGCCGGAUGCCCUCACAGAUGACACUACGCGGAAGUGGGAAGUGACAAUGUUUGAGGGGAACUGGAUCCGUGGGUCGACAGCAGGGGGCUGCCGCAACUACAUUGAUACCUUCUGGACCAAUCCGCAGUUCAAACUGACCCUGGUGGACACAGAUGAUGAUGCCGAUGACCAGUGCAGUGUCAUCGUGGCCCUGAUGCAGAAGAACAGACGCAGGUUGCGAAAAGAGGGGUUGGACCUGGAGACCAUUGGAUUCGCCAUCUAUGAAGCACCCAAUGAGGAGGAUCAUCAAGGCAAGGACUUCUUCCGAUACAACGCUUCCAAAGCCAGAAGCAAGACCUACAUUAACGUGAGGGAGAUCUCCCAACGCUUUCUGCUUCCCCCAGGGAACUACCUCCUGGUGCCUACAACAUUCCAACCUCACCAUGAGGCCGACUUCAUGCUCAGGAUCUUCUCUGAGAAGAAGGCUGACACACAGGAGCUGGGAAACACAAUUGAGGCUGACCUACCAGAUCCACCUAUGCCCAACCCACCUGAGGAGGAGACAGAUGAGGAGAAGGGCCUGAGGAGGCUCUUCCAGCAGAUCUCCGGCUCGGAUCAGGCAAUCAGUGCCAGAGAGCUUCAGUUUGUCCUGAACGAGGUGUUGGCCAGGAGGAAGGAGGUCAAGUUUGAUGGCGUGAGCCUCAACACCUGCCACAGCAUUAUUAAUCUGAUGGAUGUUGACAGCUCAGGGAUGCUGGACUUUCAGGAAUUCAAAAUCUUCUGGGAUAAAUUGAAAAAAUGGAUUAUGCUGUUCCUCUCCUUUGACACAGACAGGUCUGGACGCAUGUCCUCUUAUGAGCUGCGCAUUGCUCUCAAAGCAGCAGGAAUUCAACUCAACACCAAGCUUCUGCAGUUAUUGGGACUGAGGUUCGCAGACUCGAACUAUGACAUUGAUUUUGAUGAUUACCUCACCUGCAUCGUGCGUCUGGAGAACAUGAUUAGAGUUUUCCAGGCAUUGGACAAAAAGAAGAAAGGGGUGGUUUCCAUGAAUAUCGAGCAGUUCCUGUUCUUAUCCAUGAAUGUCUGAAGAUCAACCGGAGGAGGUCUGACAUUUAACAAAAGGAAGUCAUAAUGUGAGCGGAAGAGAUGUGAACAGUCUAAUCAGUUUGUAAAUUGCUAAUUCAAAAGGAAGGCAAAAAAGAUUCAAAUGAUGUGGUGGCAUAAGACGCUUCUUAUGCCCAGAUCUGCUUGCAAAAUACAAAGACAUUCUUAUUUGAUGCAUUACUCAAUAAUUCUACUGUCUUACAGAUUUAGCUUUUUAUGUACAUCCCACUCAAGAACCUUCCAAAUCCUGAAUGUAGUUGCUUAAUCUUAAUGCAAAGGAUGAAAAGUUGCUGCAGUUCUGAAAUUUGUACUCUUCUGUUUGUCACAAUUAUAAAAGAAAGCAUUUCCUGUCAAAGUUUUCAA